GGCCUCCCGGGGGGCAGGAGUAGCUGCAGCUGCGGCGCGGAGGGGACAGCACCGGCAGCAUGUUUGGGAUGAUCAGGAACUCCCUGUUCGGGUCGGUGGAGGGGUGGCCCUGCCAGGUGCUGAGCAGAGGGGAGAAGGAAGAAGUAACCUAUGAAGAAAGGACAUGUGAAGGUGGGAAAUUUGCUACAGUGGAGGUAGCUGGGAAACAAUUUGAUGAGGCCUCCAAGGAAGCGGUGCUGAAGCUUCUGAAAUACGUGGGAGGAACCAAUGAUAAGGCGGUUGGGAUGGGCAUGACUGCGCCAGUUUCCAUCACUGCCUUUCCUGAUGAGGACGGCUCCUUACAGCAGAAAGUGAAAGUCUCACUGCGGAUUCCAAGCCAAUAUCAGGACAACCCUCCCCGUCCUGGUGAUGAGAGCAUUCAGAUUGAAGAGCGAGAAGGAAUGACCAUUUACUCCACGCAGUUUGGUGGUUAUGCCAAGGAAGAGGAUUAUGUGAAUUAUGCCGCCAAGCUGCGCUCUGCCCUGGGGAGCGAGGCAGCCUACCGCAAGGACUUCUACUUGUGUAAUGGCUACGACCCCCCCAUGAAACCGUACUGGCGACGCAACGAAGUCUGGUUUGUGAAGGAGUGAGCCACUGGCUUGCAAAGGUGUAGGCUGAGGUUGAUGUCUUCUCCAGCUUGUAUGUAGGUGGAGUCCUUGCCCUGUUCCAAACAAAACCACAGGCUCGCAGAGUCAAAAAAGACCUUCCCGGGGUCUCAGUUAUUAACAAAAAUAUAAUUAAAAAUAAUACGUGAACCCUCCCCAGCAAAGCCUUCUGCCCAGGCUUAUCUCCUCCCUGGAUCCCCUGGCUUUAGGAUCUGACUCUCUCAGGUACUAGUGCUCUUCCUGUUUCCUAGACUCCCUUAUUCUCAGGUGGGGAAAUGAGCCAGUUGCACCAAGGAGUUUGCAAAAUCACACUCGCUAACAGCUGGGUGUUGCUUGCAUUCACUGGCAGCCUGUUAUGUUCCUCUGAAACUGGAGAGAGAUGCCUAUUGUCAACUAAAGUCUUUAUAACAAGUGGCUUUUCCACUCUGAUGGGGUGUUACGAUAGCUUAAUUCCAUGUUACACUGAUGCUUUAUCUGGUCCUUUCUGAAAGAGUAUAAAGGGACUAGAUUGCUGCAGCUGAGGCGCUGUGCGGUGAAGAUAGCGUCAUCUCCAUUUCCUAGCAGUGCACAAGGGAACAGCAUGCCAACAAUCUGAUUCACAAACCUGCUCGAGAGGAAGAGCCAAGAUUAUUUGUACAGCUUCCUGACUAGGAGAUGGAACUCUUCAGUGUAAGCUACUGACCUGUUGCCAUUAAUCACUGGAUAAUGUAUGAUAUAAUCUUGUGACUCUUUCUUUGUGUCUAUUAAGUGUUUAUAAUAUGUUUUCUCUGAAACUAGCCUAUGAAGGGGUCACAAUUGGACAUGACAAUGAAAUCUGUAUUGGCCUAAAUGUAUACAGAGGGGUAAAGAGUCUCAACAGUUGGUACCUCUUAUUUAGGUGUCUGACUUUCAGAAGAGCUGUGCACACAACAGCUCCCACCGAAGUGAGCAUGAGAUUCUUGGCUCAGCUUUCUUGAAAAUAUGGAUUUGGGUGUCUAAUUUUAUGUAGACACUUUUGCAAAUCUUGGCAUUCAUGUGUGUAAGGGUGUAACUAGUUCCAUGAACACUGUAAUUUCUUUAACCGGUACAUAACAAACCAACACUUUAGCUGUCAAUAGUCCUGCCAAACAGAUGUCAGAUAGUAUCAGACAGGUGGACGGACACACAUACUACACUUACACAGGUGUGUCUAUAAUUUCAGCUAACUCAAACUAAGAGCAAUAUUCUUACAACGUCUCUGUGCAUGAAUGCCCAAGGGUGCUUACUAAAAGAAACAGCUUCAUCCUGAAGCCAGAGGAGAAGCUGUUCAGAUGGAAGUCGGGCUCUGGCCAGUCAAGAUGUUUUAUGUUAAGGUGAUCCUCUUGAGAUGAAAGUUUUUCAGGGGGAGGGGAAGUUUAAUGUCCUGAUCUUUCUUCCACUGAAGUUAAAUAAGAGCUUUGGACUUCAGUGAAAGUUGAUCAGGCCCUUUACAGUCAGAACAGUUGGCUGGUUUAGGAAAAAGAAUAGGUGGGUAUUUUAUUGUUGCAGAAGACAGGAAAAUCUAGAAAUAAAGUAACCGUUGGCUAGAGUAAGACAUUGGAGCAUAAUUCCUGAAGGGGAGAUGGGCCAAAAAGAAAUAGGUAGACAAAUAGAUAUUUGUAAAGUUGAGGUUUUGCUUUUAAGACAGUAAAACAAUAGGUAGGAAUGAAUAUGAAGAACUGUUAAAGAGCAGGUGCUACCUUUAAAAGGUUCUCCACAACAAAAGGAACGUCUCUAUGCACACGGUUAUUUUUAUCUAACCACAUGGGGAAUGGAGGAGUUGGGUUCAUCUUGUUUCUAAAUUCUAGGGUUUAUUUUGGGAUUCUUGCAUAUGAAUUGCAUGCAGUGUAAGAACUGUCCUCUCUGGCUUGAGGCGACAGGUGUGCUACAGUGAUGUGAACCCACAGUUGAUGAAUUCUAGAAUGUGUAGCAGGUAAUAAUAAACCUGAUGUGAUCACGCUCCAGAUUGGAGCAACACACUGUAGAAGACUGAGGAGUUCACAAAAUGUAUAAGCACCUUCCCAACAUCAAGCAGUGAAAUGAGGUUGUGACUAAAGGCUGAGAGUUAUGAAGUCACAGGCUUUGCCUCCCAUAGACUUCCUAGGGGUUAGAUUUUUAUGCCUUUAUGCAAACUAAACAGAACAUUAUCCCAUGAGUAAUCCCAUUGAUUUCAGUGAGAUUACUCCAAUUGAAUAGCACCUUCCUUCACAAGCAAAGUAUCUAAAUUCUGUUUUUCCAUUCUUUGCAACAUUUAAAAAAUCAUGACUUUUUAAAUUGCAACUUGGAAUUUCCUGACUUGAUCAAAGGAUCUGAGAGGGCAGUGGGAGCUUUUGAUUGUUCAGCCCUUUUGAAAAACUUUGUCACUGAUUGAAGAGCCUGAUUUUAGGUUGAAAAUCUUGGCCUGUGUGUGUGUUUGGGAUACAGAUCAUGUCACAGUACUUAUACUUAGCCACUGAUCCCUUUCUAAAUAAAGAACUGUUUGGCCUCAA